AAGGCGGCUGGAUACAAAUGCAUUCCACACUUUUAGAAUUAGAUUUGUAUCCUUUUCCUUCCACUUUCUAGUUAUGAAGUACUUUGUGUUGUUCUAUCAUAUUAAAUUACUUUCUUAAAAAAACAUUGAAAUGUGUGGUUGUCACUGGACAAAAUGUGGAAAAGUUCAAGGGGUUUGCAUGGCACUCCAAGUAACCCAGACAUGUACAGUAUCUGCAUAUCACCACUGUAAACCAGAGAGACAUGAUGCACCGGCACUCUGUUUACUGCAAAUUCAGAUGAAACAAACAACAGUGACAUUCUCCAAUUAAAUCCAGGCAAUUAUUAAUCAUCAAUGUCUUUUUUUCUCAUAUGUUGCAAGUAAAGAAGGAGGCUAAAGUUUGUAUCAGAGUCCUGUAACCUUGAGGUUCUGACUUCUGCUCUGCAGCAGACAAAGUGAAAUCCAGAACCUCCAGUGGGUCUGUUAAUAAUCCAAAGUCCUGACAAAGCCCUCUUUAUUUCAUAAUUAAUGCAAACAUGAAAACCAUGACACUGAAUGCUGGGUGAGCCGUACAUCAGUGUCCAUGACAAGUAAAAAUGAACGCCGUCAUUCAUCUGUGCACAGAGCUAAUGGACCCUAUAAGACUGCAUUACUGAGCACAACACAAGGGACCUUUGUGCCAGACUGAUAAAAGCAUACAGUGUGGCAAAUUUAUGACACUGAUGCAGAAUAGGCAGCAAGUUAUGCCUUUAAUUGUUGGCCACACAGGAGGAACUCUGUCUUAUUACGUAGGUCAAUGCAACAGGAGCAUGGUAUUUAUUGUAGCAGCUGUGUUAACAGAUUUAGGUGUGUACAUUUACGUCUGUCAGCAAGUAAUGCUGCAUUGUGUAUGCACAAUCCACUUGUAUGCACAGUGCCUGCAUCACAAUUCCUACCUGUGAAACUUUUUUAUGUUUUGUCACAUCACAAAUGUAUUUUAUUGAGAUUUGAUGUGAGAGACCAAAACAAAAAGUAGUGCAUGAAACAGUCAAAGUAUUAUUCAAAUAAAAGCCUUAAUGUGGAGCAUGCAGUUGUAUUCAGGCCUUUUUCCUUGGGUACCUCUUAAUAAAAACUGCAAGCCAGGAGUGGCGCUGGUGGUGUAGGGGUUAAGCACGCGACCAUUUGCAGAGGCUAUAGUCCUCAAUGUGGCCGUCCUGGGUGUGAGUCCUGGGCCAGGUGACCUUUGCUGAAUGUGUCUCCCUCUCUUUGCCCUCUUUCCUGAAGGAUGAAAAAAAAAAUAAAGGCCUCUAGUGCUGCAAAAAAAACAAAAAACUAGAAGCCCUCUAAAUAGUAAAUUGAGUCUACAUGUGUGUAAUUUAAUCUCAGUAUAAUUCCAGUUCUGUGAAAGCCUCAGAGUUUUUGUAGAGAACAUAAGUGAACAAACAGCAACAUGGAGACCAAGGAAUACAGCAGACAGGUCAGAGAGAAAUGAGUGGAGAAGUUUGAAUCUGGGUAAGGUCGUAAAACAUAUUGCAAGCUUUGAACAUCUCAUUGAGUCAUUUUUUUAUAUAUCGUCCUAAAACAGAACUACCGAGAGACCUCUGAUAACUCUGGAGGAGCUGUAGAGACUCAAAGCUAAGGUGGGAGAAUCUGUUGACAGGACAAUUAUCAGUCCAGCUCUCUUCAAAUCUGGCCUUAAAGGAUGAGAGGCAAGAUGAUAGCACUUAUUAGAUUCUAUAUAGGGGGCAUGGCGAGACAUGAGGAAGAAGGUGCUCCGGUCAGAUGAGAACAAAGUCACACUUUCUAGUCUCCAUAAAGACACCCUCCCCACAUUUAAAUAUGAUGGUUGUGGCAGCAUCAUACUGUGGGGAUGCUUUUCUUCAGCAGCAAUAUGGAAUCUAGUCUGUAAUAAAGGAAGAUGGGUGGAACUAAAAUCAGGUCGAUCCUGAGAGUAAACCUGUUAGAUGACCUGAGACUGUGGCAGCGGUUCACCUGCCAGCAGGACGACGACGACCAUAGAGCCAGCGUUACAAUGGAAUGGUUUAGAUCAAACCAUAUUCACGUGUUAAAAUGGCCCAGUCAAAGUCCAGACAUAAAUCAAAUUGAGAAACUGUGGCGAGGCUUUAAAAUUGGUGUUCACAGAUGGUCUGCAUCUAUUCUGACUGAGCUUGAGACAGUUUGCGAAGAGAGCUAUAGCUGCAAGGCAGGUAGGUAAACUCCAAAAUGUGGCUCAAAAAAGUAUUGACUCAGGGGGGUUGAAUACAUAUGCAGACCAGGCUUUACAGGCUGUUAUUCUAGAACAAUAUAUCUAUUAGUAUAAAAAGACUAGAGGAGGCCAAAAUAAGAGAACAAAAUGGAGAGGAACAGAAGGAGCAGAGUUACUUUGAUGGAUAGUUAAAGUAAAUUUAAAGUGAAUAUAGCAAUCUUUUGUUUUACCUUCUGAUUAAUAAAGUUUUUACUGUUUUUGUUUUUCUUUAAAUGGUUCUUUGGGUUGGAUUUAAGUAACUAAAAAUCCCAACACCCUAUUUUUUUUUCCUUUAUACUGCGAGUUCUGCAUCUUUAUUCUGCUUCUGCUUCCCAGAUCCUGCAGGGAGAAAGCUGUGAUUAAAAGCAAUUAUCGGUGUUACUGUCAGUAAAAGGUAAUGAGGUGUAACAGCUGCUGGUAAAGUCAUCAAAAACUGGCCUAAAAGGAAGGGAGGCGGUGGUGAACUCUCAGUCACUGUCCAGAGAAUAUUGAUUGUUUAUUUGAUUACAAGCCCACCGAACGAUCGGGUUUCCCUAAUCCAAGCAGACUAGAGAAGGAAAUGUGAUGCUCUGCUUGUGCUGAAUCUGACGUCAUAAUGCUCACUGAAUUAGAUUACGUGUUUGCUGCAUUAGGCUUUGUUUAGGUUGAUCACAAACAUGAGCACAAAGUGACAGGACAGGCUGAAAUUCAGGAAUUUAGACUAUAAAGAUUUUACGCAAGUUCAUCUUAAUAUUUCAGACCUGCUUAAUGAAAGUCAAGGGGUGUCAAUUUGUCUUGUUCUCGCUUAUAACAAACCCUAUUAGACCUGGAAAAGCCCAAAUCCUCACUUCAUAUUCAGCUCAAGCUGGUCUUUGUAAAGAGAUGCAGCCCAGUCUCUGCAGCCACAAAAUGACUGAUAUUACUGCACCAUUACAGUGCAAAAAACUUCUGCAGAGUGAUGUAAUUAAUCUGUUUGCAUUCAGUAGAGCCACUUUGUGAGCCGUGUCAUUCUUGGAAGGUAUCCAAGAGAACAUCUUUGGUGUAAAAUUAACAAGUUGUUCAAGGGGACCACUAUUUAAAUCGGAGAGAUAGUUUUAUGGGUAUGUCCUUUAGUGCUGCAUACACAUGGUGCUCUUGGAUGAUGCAGAGCUAAUGUGAAUCAAGCUUCUCCUCUAAUGAGGGUCCAUUACAAACCCACACUGCAAGAACUAUUCAUUUUUUAUGAGACGUGCAGCGCUGUUGGCGCCUUUCAUCAGAGGCAUUUGCUAUCACUGGUUAUAUGUGGCCAUUUAGCCAGGGGGGGCCAGUGUAAAGGCACUGGUUUAAAGCAAACCCUGGGUCAGCAUUUUGGAACCAGCAGAUAUACCAAUUGUGGGAUCGCCAGAUGAUUUUCAGAAUCAUCUGAUGUGACCGCUGAGGAGUAUGGAGGACCAAAAGGGACAAAAUUAAAUAAAUAAAUAUGAAAUAAAUGUAAAUGUCCUAUUAAAUAAUUAAGUAAUAUAUAAUGACAAUAAAUAAUCAAAUGUUCUUAAAAAAAUUAAUUCAUAUAAUUAUUUAACUCUAUGUACCAUAAACAAAUGAGUACAAAAAUCACAUGUAUUUUUAGGGGUUGCCAGUCUCUGGCACUGUUAUUUUGGGGGUCACAGGCUGAGAAGUUUGGGAACCCUUGCUCUAUCAGUGCAGGAAUGUGGGAGGGUGGUGCGUCUCUCCAACAGUCCUUGGGCAAAAGUCACAAAGUAUCUUACAUAGCUUUCAGCUAGCUUCAAAUCGGACUUCUUGUGGCUUUGGCUUUCCUGUUGCCACCGAUCUGUAAGGAUCCCAUUUUUGGAGUUUGCUACUAAUAGCUUUCCUCUCGAUAGAUUCUCUUAUCUGUGCUGUGGAUCUCUGCUGCUCCUCCACAGCUCCCCUUGCCUGACCCGCUGGUUUCGGUCAAUGGCUAUGUGUUGGUUGGUUUGCAGGUGUGACAUAAUUUUUAACAAUUCCCUCUGGAAGGUCCAAUGCUCAGUAUACUGAUAUUUAACCUAAGACUGCUUUAAGAUGUUUGUUUUCUAAUGUUUUUUUAACAAGCCUCUGGAGCCUUUAGUACGGUGGCCCUGAAGUGCAAACCACAUCAACAAGUUACUAAACACAACUACAAAUUAUAAUACACAACGACAUUUCAAAAAACACAACAACAUUAACUAAAGGGAAGAGGUAGGUCCCAGAGGGAAAACCUGGGAAAUCUCUGAUUGGAUGACGCCACUUUUGGCUUUUGGACCAGAAGUUAAGGCUAUAGCUCUUUCAAUGUUCGGAUAGGCGGGAAGACAGUCACAGCGCUAUGUAUUGCCCAAGCUGCGGAAAAGAGUUGGUUGAGCUGUCACCGAACUUUUGCAGCAGCUGUGGCAAGAGGAUUCAAGAAAUAUGUGUUGGAGCUACUCCAUGGUCUUCAAGUAAGUUCAUAAGCAUGAAAAAUAGUUUAUUUGUCUUAUAGUACCUUAUUAACGUUAGCGGUUUCCAGACCGUGCCCGUAAUGUUGAAUUAAACGUGUACUUAGGUUUCAGUCAUGCAGCAACAUUUAUAGGUAAAAUAUAAAUGUCCGUUGCAUUCGUGGGCGCUAUUUACCAGGGAAAUCUGUGUUGCUCUGGUUAGUAUGGCAUGUCUGCAUAUAUGGCUAUGCAUCUCUCUGAUGUGCACCUUUGUCAUUUUUUCCCCCAUUGACUUUAGCACGACAGGCUAUCCCACCCUGCCCGACUCCAGCCUUCAGCACCUUCCUAGAAUACCGACAAAAGAAAAACGAGGAGCAACAAAAGUUUUAUCUUGGGAGAAAGGGGUUAAAGCACAAGGGAAAAAUAAAAGUUGGGGUAGGUUAGCUAUGACUCUGGCUGAAAACAAGCAGCUUUUAUCAAGGAUUCUGGUAUGAAGAAAGUUCAGCGUAGCAAAGCUAUGCAGAAUACUUGUUAACCAGUCAUAGCAAAUUGUCAAUUCAUGAUCAAUCAAAAUAGUAAAUCAGCUAUUGAUUAAUAAAUUAACAACCACUAUUAUGAUCUGUUUGUAUCCAAAUCUGUGGUGUAAAAGUAAAGGUUUCCAUCAUUCUGCUUUGACUGAUAUUAGUAUUUAUUUGGUCCAUAAGGUUGUUAUUGCAAAAUGUAACACAAUAAUUAAAAGCAAAAAGAACAAUUUUGACAAUAUUUUUAAACAUUUCUCAGUCUUUCACAUCUUUUUUCUUUCAGAUAAAUGUUGGCUUGAUGGUAAUUCAGAAGGGUUGUCUAAGGCCACAGCGUGGAAGAACUAUUUCCCUUACAACAGACCCAGAUAUCUCUGCCACAACUCUGCUCAGUCAGGCUGUUAAAAAAAUGAAGGACUUCAACAAAGAUGUAAAAGAUGGGCCUUUCCUUCUUCUGUAUCCAGAUGGGACAGAGGUCAUUAAUAUCCCUGGGACACAAAGACCUUUUACCCUUGCUGCUUAUAAGGCCGAGGUUGGCAAGUCAUAUCAAAGGAUUACAGUUUUCAUCUGCUUGAAAAGGGACUUUGAAGAAGGUAAGCUGCGAUGUUUGUGUGUGGAGUUUGGCACACAUUGCCUAAACUUCAACAAAUGUAAAUUUUGAAGUUGUGCAAGUAAGCAUCACUGGCAUAAACCAAUCAAGUCAGUCGCAUACAUACAUUAGCUCCUACAUGUCAAGUUACUUUCUAGAAACGUGAAAGCUUUGGGAUCUGCUGAGUCAUGAGUUUUUACCAAUGCUGUGUUUAUGCAUUUGGAUAUGACCUAACAUUGUUUAGUGAAUAUAGUAUUAUCACUUAGUAGAAUUUUUUCUUUUUUUUUUUUGUUGAUGUUUGUUUUUUUAUGUUUUACAGUUGGAAAUUUGUCAGACUUGUCUGACUCUGACCCAGAGAUUGUUAUUAAAAAAUCCUCAGAGUUUGAUCUUGCUGAGACACUAGUAAGUACAAUUUAACAAACAGUAAAACAGUACCAUGUUCCAAACUGCUGGAUACAUACAUUACAGAACAGCUGUGUUUGAAUCUCAAUUAGGUGCAUUUGCACUGGAUGUUAUUUGCAUCAGAGUAAAGCAGGGUAGAUAGAAAAUGCAAGCUACACCUUCUAGAAUUAUGCACUACUUUGUGUUGGUUUAUCACAUAAAAUCCCAAUAAAACACAUUAAAAGUUGCAGGAAAAAAAACAGUAUUUAAGGGUUGUGAAACGUUUGCAAUGCACCGUAAUGUGCGUCAAGCUCCUCAGACAAUUAUAUAAAAAAAUAAGACCUUAUUACAUCAAACCAAAGAUUAUGGUCAAAUAAUUAUUUAUUAUCUCUGAGUGUGCUUUUGUUUGCCAUUUUGCUAAUAGUGCUGUGGAGUUGCAGAGCUUGUGCAGAUGAUUAAGGUCUCAGACAGCACAGGUUCUCAGCGCUGCACCAAACCUAGAGCUGGUUCUUCAUAUGAGUAAAAUGGGAUUCUGAGUCUCUAAAGUAAAACUGAAUUUAAUAAGAAGUAAGGAUCGCAUGAAUAAACUUAACAGUGUGAGGACAAGCAGGGAGCCUAAUAGAAACAUCCGCACGUAAUAGUGAUGUAAGAUUAUUUAUCACCCCUAUCAUUGCUCCCUCCAGACACUGAUGCUGCCCCACUCGCUUCAUGCGGACCACAGUAGACAGGUUGUCGGCAACAAGGUGGGGGUUGCAGCUGCGGCUGCUGUCCCACUCGGCGCUGCGGAGCCUGUCACAGCUCAUGAUCUGGGCUCGACUGGGAAGAUAAAAAAAAAAAAAAAAAAAAAAAGGGCAGUCCUGUAACACCUGAGAGGACUCAGCUGCACCACUGCACCCAGGAGAGACGCAGCGCAUCGCAGGGCUGCAAUGAAGCCCCGUCUGCUGGGCGGUGGCAGGACAACCAGGAGACUUUUAUCGGCGUGCCUGAUCUCGGCUUGCCAAGCCCUACACAGCUGCGGGGGAGUCAAGUGCGUGGAUGGCCAUCAGUGCUGCCCACAGCCCGUCCCCGGUAACGGCAGCUCCGGCUCCGUGGAAAGCUGCUGCAAGCUCCCCAUCCACGUCUUCUUUGACAACGUCGGCUGGUUUACGCGGAAGCUGUCUGGCAUCCUGAUCCUGCUGCUGCUCUUCGCCAUGGGCUACUUCAUCCAGAGGAUCAUCUGCCCUCGGCCCCGCCACCGGGUCCAGAACCAGGAGCACGGCGAGGAGCCCUCCCUCUUCCACAGACCCACAUCGGCGUCCCAAGAUUUCCUCCUGGAGCCCUACCCGGAGUGCACUCUCGGGGACUUCGCCUCUCCGAACCUGCCGGCCUAUGACGAGGUCAAAUACCUUCCCACGUAUGAGGAGAGCAUGCAGGAGAUGCACAGAGACCGGUCCGACGAUAACCUGUUGUCCGGGAGCGAGAGGGGAGAAACGGAACCGGCUGGGUCCGGAGAGCAGAGGCGGGAUCAGCUGGGAGCGAGCCCCACAAGGACAGCUCGGAACUCAGUCUGAGGCUGGAGCAGGAACCGGGCAAUGAACUGCCUAAUAGUAUUACUAAUUUAUCAUCAUCAUCAUCAGGGGUAGGCGGUGAAGGGGUCUUGUAGAGACACAAACUCAAGUGCAAUUAUAAUCCUGAUUGUAACGAAGAAAGAAGGAGGCUGGGGAUGUAAACGUGUUUGGGAAGAUAAUACGUGUCUGCUCGCCUUUUGUAUGCAAAUAGCGCUUCACUAAAGGGGAUUAGAGAGUGAGCAGAAGGCGCUUUAAACUGAUGCUCAUUGUGUUGAGGGACAGCUAAUUUGGCUGCAAGACAAUCACGUUAAGUUUUAGUGGCACCAUGAAAACACAUUUCUUCUGGAAAGUGGUACUUAUUAAUUUUUUUUUUUUACAUUCUGAAUAUGUAGUUUGCUUUAGUUUAUUUUUUAUUUUAUUGCAUCCAAAUAUAAAACAAUUUCUUCUCAGAAACUUGAAUCUGGACUGACAUAAGGGAUUUCAACUGUGAUCCUUCCUUUAUAGAGCCAGUCAGGUUAUGCCUUAUCAGCAUGAAAGCAAUAUUCUAUUCACAUUCGCAUGGUAGCUCAUAGAUAAGCGUUUUAUUGGUAAUCUGAACCAUGUUUCAUGUGUUUGUUGACAGCUAAGCCACAACAGCAUUAGUAAAAACCUCAGAUCCAGUAGCAUUUGUCACCUGGAGUUGCAUGAAUUCAUGGAAAACAAUGGCAGAUGUUACAGCAUGCAUGCUGAUAUGGUGCAUGUUGGCAAAACAUACAUGAAAUGAAAAGUGUUGCAAGUAGAUCAGAAGUUAUAAGAGCAUUUCAAUGAUUUAGAGUAUCAUGGAGAAGUUAAUUUCUGUCAGUAAUUCAAACCAACAAGUCACUAUUAUGUAUGGAAUAGAUUUAUUACAUGCAAAGUAAUAUAUAUUAGGUAAUUGUUUUUAUUAUUAUGGCUUAAAAUAAUGAAAACUCAAAGUUCUGCUUCUGAUAAAAUAAAAAGCGGGUUUUAAUUGAGAUGUCACACUGUGGCCAAUUAAAUCUGAGAGAAGACUGCAGACUUGACUGUGUCACGCUGACAGUCAUUGACAGUCUCCCUAAGGAAGGUAAGCCCCUAGAGGUUAUUGUUAAAGAAGUCGUCUGUUGACAGUGUUGUGGAAUUUCAACAGAUUACUGUAUCCAGCCUUAUCAGUAGAAAGUUAAGGAAAAAUGGUGGUAGAAAAAGAUGCAUGCACAAUGGGGAUAACCACAGCCUUCAGAGGAUUUUGAGGUAAAGGUGUGGAGAGCAGCUGGAGACACAGACAUAUCCAGGACUGGAGCAACAACUGUGGCACUCUUUGCAUUACCUAAGCCAGUCCUCAACCAGAGACAACAUCAGACGCACCAAACCUGGGCUAAAGAGAAAAGGAUAUUGGAGUGUUGCUCAGUGGUUGAAAGUCAUCUUUUAAGAUAAAAAAAAGUAUUGUACAUUUUAUUUGGAAAUCAAGGUCCCAGAGUCUGGAGGAAGAGUGGAGAGGAACCGAAUUCAGUGUGAAGUAUCCACAGCCAGUGAUGAUUUUGGGCGGCAUAUCAGUUGGUGGUGUUGAUCCAUUGUGUUUUCUCAAGUCCAAAGUCAGAGCAGCCAUCUACCAGGGGUUUUUAGAGCACUUUAUGCUUCCUUUAAGCUUUAUGGAGAUGCUGGUUAAAUUUCCAGCAGGAAUUGGCACCUUCCCACACAACCAAAGGUACCAAAAGCUGGUUGAAUCACUGUGGUGAUUCUGUGUUUGAUUGACCAGCAAACUGGCCUGACCUGAACCCCAUAGAGAAUCUAUGAAGUAUUGCAAAGAGAAAGAUGAGGCACCAGACCCGACAAUGCAGAUGGCGUGAAGGCCGCUAUCAAAACAACCUGCCCUUCCAUUACACCUCAGCAAAACCACACGCUGACGGCCUCCAUGCCAUGCCGCAUGGAUGCAGUAAUUUUUGCUAAAGGAGGCCCAGCCAAGUAUUGAGUGCACAUACUGUACAUUACACGGACGUUGUUUCCAGUAAGCCAAGAUUUCUGUAUUAACAUGAAAGAAAAUUAUUGGUAUUAAACAAUGAUACAAUUUUGCAAUAGCUGUUUUGUUAUCAGUUGUAAACAAUAAUCAUUUAAAUUAAAACUAAUUACUCAUUGAAAUAUAUCAUAUGAAUCUAGAAAAUAUACGAGUUCCCCUUUUGAAUUUAAUCACUGAAAUAAAAUAGAAAAAAAUUUCACAUGGUAUUCUAAUUUAUUGUGAUGCACAUUUACAUUGCUCAGGAAACACUAAGGACAAAGAAAAUAACUGAAAACAUGGGAGGAGGCAGAAAAGGGACAACAUUUUUCUGCAAAUUUGACUGAAGAUGCAAGCAGAGAAAAUCUUCAUAUACUUAAAACUAGCCAGAUGACUCUGAACAAGUAAUUAAACUCACGUUAAAUAUAGUUUGUCACCUUUAUAACAGCAUGUUAGGGUUAGUUUUCCUCUGUUUAGUCAUUUUGGUUUUCAAUCAAGAUGGUGACAUCACAUAAGUCAAUUAAUCAUAGUCCUUCAAAUAUCUCAAUUUGUCUUUUUCUUGUUUUUAAAUUUUUAUUUGCAUGUUUUUUGUGUUUCAGGGAUAUUUGUUGACCAUAAAACACAUGGAAGCAUUUUUCAAAGAGGAGCAAGGAAAGGUGAAAUGAACAAAAAUUAUAAUCAAAUCUCUUCCGCUCUUCCACUUUGAGUCAAGUUGUUACAAAAUGUAAAUGGUCUGGGUCCCUGCAAGAUGAUUUACAAGUCCCACCAAUUUUUCCUGCAGAACAUUUGCAUCACCAGCUUCUUUAACUACCUGGUAGUUAUUUGCACACCUCAGUUAAAAUGUAAAAACAAAAAAGACAAAAAACCCCCAUUUUUAAGCUUAUUUUAAUGUGACAGAUGUACCUUUCUGUUAUUUAUUGAAGAUAAUAAAAAAAUUAAAAAAGCUCUAGCAACCUAGUUAUACGUGUGUGCCCACCCCUAAAUGAAUACUUUGUUUUUUGAUUAAUAUUUUUGAUUAAUUAAUUUUUUUACAUUUUGUUGACUUUUUUUGAUUCAUUUUAAGCUUUCAGUUUUCUUUGGUUGAAAUAUCAGCAAUCCCCCAGGUGACUUUGUAAUAUGUGCCCACUCCACCACGCAAAAGCUCCCCUGAGCACAUGUCUUGUCCACAGCCCUCUUCAGGCAACCCCAGAAAUUUUCUAUUAGGUUUGGUUCUGAACUUUGGGUCUCUAAAACUUUCAUUUUCACUCUUAAUAAAAAGCGUCUCCAGAUCGUGAUGCUACUGCCAGCGUGUUUCACUGUGGUUAUGGUGUUUUGUUGUUGAUCUGCAUGGUUGCUUUUUGUGUCUGACAUAGUGUUUUAUUUUUUUUCGAGCCAGGCUUGAAUGUUUUCUUUGGAAAGAAAAUGCUUCUGUUGUCAACCUUACUUCUUAGUCCAGAGAUACAAAGAACUCAGGAGAAUGUUGUCACAUUUAGAGCACAGCCAGUACUUCUCAGAAAUUCCUGCAGCUCAUUGAGUGUUGCUGUCAGCCUCCAGGCACAGUUCCUGAUCAGUUUUUGUCUUUUCGUAAUGUCACUAUUGUUCCAUAUUUUAUCCAAUUAUUAAUGACUGUUUUUUACUGUGCCAGCAUAUGCUGUAUUAAUAUAACGUGGAUUGUUUUUGGUAUCCUUCUCCUGACUGAUAUGUUUGUACAGUUAGAUAACAUUGAUCCUUUGUAACCUCUGCAAACUGUGGCUUUUGCAAAAGCCUUCAAAUGAUCAAAUGUCAGAAAAUCCUAGGGCAGCUGAACUUAAUGUCUGGUUAAUCAGACUCACUAUAAUUAAUUUUAUUUAGCACCCCAAAAGCCUAAAUGUUGAAACUGCAUCAAAAUAUGAUGAAACAGAGUAUUUGUUAAAGGGUCUGCACGCCUAUUCAACCAGCUAUUGCAGCUUUGUUUAUUAAUUUCUCUCUAACAGAUUUGUUUGUUUUUCUGUUGAAGUAUCCAGCAUAGAUAUCACAUUAAAGAUGGAAAAAAAAACUGCAAAA